AUUUGUGUGAAAAGGACUGAAGUAAUGAGAAGUCAUCAUGGAAGCUCAAUCCCAUAGCUCUGCCACAAGUGAGAAGAAAAAGGUUGAGAAUCCCAUAGUAAAAUACCCCACUCGAACAGAGGUCAGUGAGAAAGCCGCGGCCUCCAGCACAACAUCUAAUGAGGAUGAAAGUCCUGGACAAACCUACCAGAGAGAGAGAAGAAACGCAAUUACAAUGCAAACUGGACAAGGCCUCAGUAAAGUCAGUGAAGAACCUUCCACAUCUAGUGAAGAAAGGGCUUCUUUAAUCAAAAAGGAGAUUCAUGGAUCUGUAUCAUACCUUCCUGAGCCUUCAGUACCUUAUCGUGGGACGGUCUUUGCCAUGGAUCCCAGGAAUGGUUAUAUGGAUCCUCCUUAUCAUCCACCUCAUCUUUUCUCAACUUUCCACCCUCCAGUACCAAUUGAAGCAAGGCAUCAUGAGGGACGUUAUCAUUAUGAUCCAUCUCCCAUUCCUCCACUACAUGUGCCUUCUGCUCCAGCUUAUUCAGAUUUACCAUUCAUCAGAAUAUCCCCCCACAGAAAUCCUACUGCAGCAUCAGAAUCUCCUUUUAGUCCAUCUCAUCCGUACAUUAACCCUUACAUGGAUUAUAUCCGUUCAUUGCACAGCAGCCCUUCUCUCUCUAUGAUCUCAGCUGCUCGGGGACUGAGUCCUACAGAUGCUCCACAUGCAGGAGUUAGUCCAGCAGAAUAUUACCAUCAGAUGGCUUUACUGGCAGGCCAGCGCAGCCCAUAUGCAGACAUCAUUCCUUCAGCUGCCACAGCAGGAGCAGGUGCUUUUCAUAUGGAAUAUCUCCACGCUAUGGAUAGCACUAGAUUUUCAAGUCCCAGGCUACCAACAAGACCAAGUCGAAAACGAACAUUGUCCUUGUCACCAUUGUCUGAUCAUAGUUUUGACCUUCAGACAAUGAUCCGCACAUCUCCAAACUCCUUGGUGACAAUUCUGAACAAUUCCCGUAGCAGUUCUUCAGCUAGUGGCUCUUAUGGGCAUUUAUCUGCAAGUGCAAUAAGCCCAGCGCUAAGUUUUGCAUACCCUCCCACACCAGUAUCCCUCCAGCAGAUGCAUCAACAGAUCAUCAGUCGACAGCAAAGUCUUGGUUCAGCCUUUGGGCAUAGUCCUCCACUCAUCCAUCCUGCUCCAACCUUUCCUACACAGAGGCCUAUUCCUGGCAUCUCUAAUAUCUUGAAUCCUGUUCAGGUCAGCUCAGGUCCUUCAGAGGCUGCACAGAGUAAGCCCACAAGUGAGUCUGCAGUGAGCAGCACAGGGGACCCAAUGCAUAACAAGCGUUCCAAGAUAAAACCAGACGAUGACCUCCCCAGCCCAGGAGCUGGAAGCAUGCAGGAACCACCGGAAGAAAUGACCUCAGUAAAGGAGGAAGGGGAGAAAGAUGAAAGCAAGCAAGAACCUGAAGUGGUCUAUGAGACGAACUGCCAUUGGGAAGGCUGUUCACGAGAGUUUGACAUGCAGGAGCAACUAGUGCAUGUAAGUUAAUGGCAUUCAGGAGCCGGCUUUGAAAACUAUCUGACCUUUUCUAAAGGGUCAGGCUCUCUGACCCUUUGCUGAGUCA